AUGGGCAACCAAAUGAAUGACGGAUACCGCUUGAAGGUCACAGCCGGUCCAGUCCACGACCGCAGCACCCACCAAGUAGUACCCGUGAAUGGCGAGACGCUCCGCAUAGAGAACGAGCAUGCAAUUGUGAGUCUGUGGUUUCCCGAGGGUUCGCCAUCUACCAGCCCAUACUUCGAGCAUCCUCUUCACACGAAGGAUUUAUACUCGAUAUGCUUCUCAAUAGUCUUCAAAGAGCAGGUGAAUGGCAACAAUCUCAUGUUCGGCAAUGACUUUGACCAUCCCAUUCGCGAUGUCCUACCACCGGGCUUCAAUGCUGCAUUGCGGAUGGUGAAAUGGACACUUGAUCCUGGCUUAGAUGGUGAUGUCUACGCAGACGAGCCCUAUCUGUUUAGUCCCGCACUAGCCACAUGGGACAUAUUCCGGAUUGGGGACAAGAUGAGCAAGUCAGAUGAGGUUCCACUUCUUCAUGAUGAAGUUGUUGAAGAAGGGGCGUAUAGCGAGGAGGCUGCUGAGAAUCGACGGCAGCUCAAUAUCCCUGACACCGUCGAGGGACGGAGGAAACAUUUCCAAGAUGAAGCGAAUAGGAAAGAGUUUGAAUUCGAGCCGGGCAGGAUGUAUGUGGCUGACUUUGGGAAUCCAUAUUUGGCUUUCAGUGACUUCUCGGUGAGGCUCCCUGGGUUCACUUUGCAUGCCAUGAAAUAUGUGGAAGAGAAGAACCAUGAGCUGCGCUACACGCUCAAGGACACAUCCACGGGUCAGGUAUAUCUCUCUGUGGUAUUCUCUGUGGUCCUCCCGGAAGGAGAAAACAGCCAAGUGAAGAGUGGCAAUGAUAAAGAGGAUGACAACCUGGGGAAGUUUGAGUGGGAACCUGAGCCAUCAGCUGGUGAUGUUGAAUGA